UUUGCAACUUUGGUUACGGCUGGGAAUACGGCUCUGUGAAGGCGGUUGUGCAGUACAAGUCUUUCAUCAAUGAAAAUGCGCAUGCGCACAUUGGUCUGAAAGUUGGCCUACGCGGCAUCAACGUCACAUUGAAAGGUUUGCCGGUGAAUCAGCUGAACGAGACCAUCAACUACAACGAGCGCUUUUCAUGGGAAUGGGCUCAGGGCCGGCCUGGCUUCGGAAAAGACGCUAGCAAGUUGAACAGAGAGUACCGAGCUGCCCAAUGGCGAGGAAUGCCGUUUCCGAUUCUGUGGGUCGUCGAGUAUUUCACAAUCGACGAGGGCAACUUCCGCCACGGACGUUACUAUAGGGCCGCCGGGUGGUAUUGUCACAUCGUAUUAUGGAUGUCGUUUCCACUUUGGAUUCUCACCAACAUCUUGCUGUUCCUGGUCAUCCGAUACGGGGCGUACUACUUGAGUCUGACCGGAAUUUGCCUGCUGGUGACGAACAUUCUGUUUCACAGCAUCAGGAAUGCCGUGCCCGUGGAGUUGCGGUUUCAGUCCAAGCCUCUUGUCCUGCACUAUGGAUGGUGCUUCUGGUUGGUUCUUUUCACAGGUUUACUUUGUGAGCUUUUAGCACUACUGAUCAUUUUUAUGGAUUUACGUUACCCGGAAGAACUGGCAAUGUUUUUCGGUUCAGAUAUUCUGCAAGACUAUGAAGACUUUUAUGUUGAUCCUGCAGAACUAGGCUUAAUCCCUCCUGAAGUGGUUUCAUACGCAACUGUUCAACAUUCCAGUCAAGCGUCAAGUCAUUCAUCCAGUGAUAGCGAUUAUACUUCUCUCAAAAGAGCGUCUCAGGAGAUUUUCACGCUCCGGAAAAGGACCAUGUCCAGUCGUUUCCAAAGAGCAUCUCAGAAGCAUCCUGUGCCCACGCCUCGAGAUCCCAGCAAACAACGCCUCCUGAAAGGGCUGACUGUUCGCGCUUCCGAACUGCCCGUCUACGAGAAUCUCAACCUCACCAAGUUCGAUACGAUUGAAGAAGAGGAACCAAAGAGAGAAUCCUUCGAAGAAAUCCUCAUGAGAGACAUAAAAACUCUGAAUGAAUAAAUAUGAUAGAAACAUCAUUUCCUGCCAAUGGAGAGCGUAUUUAACUGUUUUUAUCAAGUCAAUCUAAAGAGAAAUUUGAAAUACAGUUAAAAGUAUGUGGAUGUGCACUUGUAAUAAAUGAGAAUAAAUUUG